AUGACGAAUAAAAAAGAAGGAAAAUCAAACCCUGGUCUACCAAUGGGCUUAGCUGAAACAAAUAAAAACGUUGAAAAUGUUUACAGAACGGAAACUGUAUUUAUUUCAAAAGAGAAAGAACCGCCCAGCGAUGCACUUUUAUCUAAACAUAUCAAGGCACAUUAUCAACUUGAAAACAUUGCAAGCUAUCCUGUUAGAAGUAAAAGAGACAUUUUAACUUUCAACAAAAGUAACUCAGGUAAACUUGUGAAAUUUAGAGAUAACAAACGUCAAAAAGCAAGAAAAUUAUUAACGGAGCACAACAUUUUAUGUAAUGGAAAUGAGCACAAAGAUGCAUGUAAAGAAAUGAUAGAUCAAUUAAAAUUACUAGCAGAAGGCAAAAUAUCUGAGUAUGAAUAUAAAACCAAACGAACUGAUGAUGUUAAUGUGUUUAAACCAAAAGCCGCUGUGAAAAAAGAUAGAACAAAUGACGAACAUUCUGGAAAUGUUGAUUUAUCGAAACGGGAAGUAGACGCAGACAUAAAAGCGCCAUCUGUACUAUAUAAACGAAAUCCAGUAGAUAUACCAUAUCCUUUGGAUCCUUCCACGCCAGAACUAACAAGUACUUGCCUGUUAGCUCGCCUUUUGAAAGACAGCAGUCAUCUAUAUGGAUAUGAGAGUCCUAGAAUGGAUUAUGAUCAAAAUCUUCCUAGCUAUCCUAGACGAGUACCGAUGACUUAUUUACCUCCGUAUUUACAAAGCCAUAAUGAUCACUCAGACAAACUUGCACAUCCGCAAGAUGUUCAAAUUGCGAUGAACAUGAGAUCAAAACUAGUUUCAUCCAAAGACGCGGAUUCAAAUGAUCAAGUACGUGUAGAGGAAUGCCCUAUGGGUACUGUAUCUUGUGAGAAUGGAAAUGCAUGUAUUAGUGAGAGCCUGUGGUGUGACGGCAACGUUGAUUGUGAUGACGUCAGCGACGAAUCCCGAUGUACUUGCAAGUCCCGCGUUGAUAAGUCGCGAGUAUGUGACGGAUACUUCGACUGUCCUUUUGGUGAAGACGAAAUGGGUUGUUUUGGUUGCAGUGGAGAAAGUUUCAGUUGUGGGGACGCGGAGUCUACUUCGGAUAGUAUUUGCUUUACAAAGGAACAACGCUGUAAUAACAUUAACGAUUGCCCCAAUAAUAAAGAUGAAAUCGACUGCAGCAUGCUAGCACCUAGUCUUCAUAAAAACCCUCUGUUUGCAAUUUCGAACACCGAGGGAUUUUUGCAUAGGAAUUUUAAAGGAACAUGGUAUGCCGUGUGCAAUAAUCCUUAUAUGUGGGCUCAUGAUGCAUGCCGGCGCGAAACUGGACUUAUUGUGAGGCCUCCGCAUAUUCAAUUUCUCCACAUAGAUCCAUUACUAAAAAUAAACUACAUAAACACGGCACCUGGUGGAUUGAUAAAUACAAGUACUACUUGCCUCAAUUCCUCCGCGGUGUAUGUGUCCUGCCCAUACUUAUUGUGCGGCACGAGAAUAUUAACUACGUCCCAACUUGUACGUGAAAAAGCCGACAUGGAGAAUCAAUUAUUUGGACGCAAUAAACGAUUUCUGCUAAAUAACCAACCGUAUCCAUUUUCAUUCUAUGAUUCUCCACUAUCCCGUCGUAAGAAGGAUGCAUCGUCAUUGUCUACGUUUAAUAAAAUAUAUGAUAACAAUGAUAAUAAAGAAAAUAGAAUAAAAAGAAUGGAAAGUCGAGUCGUAGGAGGUAAACCAAGCCAACCAGCCGCUUGGCCCUGGGUGGUAGCUUUAUAUCGAAAUGGUAUGUUCCACUGCGGCGGGGUUAUUCUUAGCCAAAAUUGGGUAAUGUCCGCCGCUCAUUGUAUUCAUAAGUUCUGGGAGCAUUAUUAUGAAGUCCAAGUGGGAAUGUUGCGUCGUUUCUCCUUUUCACCUCAAGAGCAAAUCCAUCGAGUUACUCAUGUUAUUAUGAAUCAAAAUUAUGACCAGGAAGAUAUGAAGAACGACCUCUCCCUACUGCGGGUUAAACCUGCUAUUCAAUUCAGCCGUUGGGUCCGUCCUAUCUGUUUACCUGGACCUGAGGUGGCUGGAGAGGACUGGAAAUGGGGUCCACCUGUGGGCACUAUUUGCACGGCUGUGGGUUGGGGUUCAACUGUUCCACACGGACCUGAUCCUGAUCACAUGCGUGAGGUGGAAGUCCCAAUAUGGGAUCAAUGCAAUCAUCGAGAAGAUCAAGCUGGAAGAGAAAUAUGUGCUGGACUUGCAGAGGGUGGAAGGGAUACAUGUCAAGGUGACAGUGGAGGACCGUUGCUAUGCAGAAAUCCAGCUAAUGCUCAACAAUGGUACGUGGCAGGAAUAGUAAGCCAUGGUUAUGGCUGUGCACGUAAAGGUGAACCUGGUGUAUACACGAGAGUAAGCCUCUUCGUCUCAUGGAUAAAAUACUUUAUGUCCUUAAAAACCUUGCCAAUGAUUCAACCAAAGCAAGAAUGCCCUGGAUUUAGAUGUGAAUCUGGUAUUUCAAGAUGUCUUCCGAAGAAGCGAAUGUGUGAUAAAAUUAUAGAUUGCUUGGACGGAGAAGAUGAAAUCAACUGUGAAGAAAAAACUUUAAAGAAAAUGGAACAAAACAUUCUGACUAAUGUAUUUAGUAGAGAUGCCAACAGUACAGCAAAAAUACCCACCUCAAUGGAAACAACUUCAAACACACUUAUACAUACUACUGAUUCAAAACGUAUUUUCCCCAACAAUACUUCAAACAUACAAACAAAUACAACUACUCCCUUAAAUAAAACGGAUACUGAAAGCUUAGAUAACGGGACUCAAGACACCAUUGAAAAUGCGCAAUAUAUACCUACAGAAACUUCUGGAUCUAACGAUGAAAUGGACAUCGGAAAUAUCGAUAAUUCUAGUGAACAAAUAACCAAAAAUUCUAGUGAACAUGAGAUUAAACCAGCAAGUAUAAGGAAAAAACACAAAACUCCUUUACUAUAUCAGUGUCGUAGAAUUGAUCAGAGCAUUUUGUAUAAAUAUCGCUGCGAUCACAAAGCUGACUGUGAAGAUGGUACAGAUGAAUUAGAUUGCGCGUGUACAGAUUACUUAUCGACAUUUGAAAAUCAAUUACUUUGUGAUGGGAACUUCAAUUGUGCAGAUGGUCAAGAUGAAAUCGACUGCUUUGGCUGUGAAGAUGGAGAAUUCCUAUGUAAACGAAGCCAAAUAUGCGUUCCAAAUAAAUACGUAUGUGAUGGUAGACCGCAAUGUCCCUUGGGUGAAGACGAGCUUGAUUGCAUCGCUCUGACGAAUGGCAAUGAGAUUACAUUUGAUAUGGAUGGUAGACCUAAAAUAAGAUUUGAAGGAUAUGUAACAAGAAAAUUAAACAACGAUUGGCACGUUGCUUGCGAGGAUGCUAUGUCGAUUCAUGAUCAGGAAGAGGAAGCUACGCGUAUUUGUAGAUAUUUAGGAUUUAGCGCUGUGAAUAAGUUUAAAAUAAAAUAUAUUAACCUAAAGGAGAAUAAUCUCGUCGAAUUAAAUUUAGAUAGCAAAAGACGGAAAAGAUAUAAAGCGGACAAAGAACCCGUAUUAUUCAUCUAUAAAAAUAUAGAUCCCGAGGACGAAACGUCCCGAAGUGUCGUAAUAAAAGAGCCAGAGUUACUAAAGGAACAAUGUGUACCAAAUGUGACAAAAACAUGUACGGCAUUGUAUGUUGCUUGCGACCAAUCGCUUUUCACGAAUUUUCCGAUUUCCCAAGAACUUUUAUUCGGUCGCAAUGCCGCAGAGUCAUUUAAUCAACAGUGGCCUUGGGUUGCCAAAUUAUAUAUAGAUGGACAAUACAAAUGUACAGGUGUACUUAUCGACGUUUCUUGGGGUUUAUUCAGUAAUGAAUGUUUGGAUUUAAGUUUACAGAAACGACAGUACAUUACGGUAAUUUUAGGGUCCCACAAAACGUUACACUCGUCGAAGAGUUUCUAUGAACAAGUACGUAGAGUAGAUGGAAUAAAAGACUUGUAUAGAAGCAAAGUUGUACUUUUACAUUUACAAGAGCCUGUUGAGUAUUCAGCGAUGGUGAAACCAAUGAUUCUACCAACUACGUACAUACACGAUCAAAAGAAAACAGUUUGCGUCGCUGUCGGUCAAGAUGGUAGUAAUAAUACUGUGAGCGUAUUACUUAUGGAAUCAAAGGAAGCGUGUAGCGUAGAUAAUGUGUGCUUUGAGAGACAGUCAACUGCAGACAUUUGUCCGAUCGGGUUUUCUGUUCAAACAAAUUGGGCAGGAAUAAUUAGUUGCCAUACAAAGCUGGGCUGGUACCCCGCGGCAACUUUUGUGACGUCUAGAGGCGAAUGUAAUGUGGGCAACCGCAUAAUUGCUACCGAAAUUGGAAAUUUAAAACACCAAAUAAAGCUGUUUAAAGAUACUUCAUUGAUUGAUUUAAACGAUCAAGAAUUAGAAGACUGUGAUGGUACGCGGUGCGAAAGAGGCCGAUGUGUCAAGAUGCAGUAUGUGUGUGACGGAGUCCAGCAUUGCGAAGACGGCAGCGACGAAUCCCAAGAAUCAUGUCAGAACAAAUACGAUAUCUGCUCGAAGGAUCCCCUUCACAGGGGUUGUGGUUGUCCAGCUGGCGAGCUCAAAUGUCGCAAUGGACAAUGCGUCCCAAAAGAGCAAUUCAGAGAUGGGCGUAGUGACUGCGAAGAUGGCACUGAUGAACCUGGACAAACCACGUGUUCCGAUUACCUCAGCCGAGUGAUGCCUUCGCGCCUCUGUGAUGGCGUCCUGCAUUGCCACGAUAGAAGCGACGAAGACCCUAUGUUCUGCAAGUGUUUCUCUAAACAUGCGUAUCGGUGCGGAAAGGACUCAUUAAGCGAAGAAUACUGUGUAGCGAACGACAUGGUGUGCGACGGAGUUCCAGACUGCCCCAAUGGGGAAGACGAGAGAGCGUGUAUUGCGCUCAGCUCUCCGCAGGGGACAUCGCCAGGUAUCGGUGAAGUAAUCAUCCGCUCGCAUGGCGUUUGGUACUCAAAAUGCUACCCAACGCAGGAGCACACAAAGUCUGAACUCGAGGAAAUUUGUAGAGAACUCGGCUACAUUAGCGGCCACGCCAAGCAAUUGCCAACCCCAGCCAAGUCAUACAUUCACAACAGCAUAUCUCUAGAUACAUUUUCUGAUAUUGUACUGAAUAACAGCACGAAAAUAAAACUUAGAAAUAACGAAGCGCCCAUCGCCAGAGGAACGCUCGAUAAUAAUUUAUCAGAUUGCUACCCGCUUUUCGUAGAAUAUAAGCAAAAGAUUGACGACUGGAAAAAAGAAUGGAAUGAGAAGGGAGAGAAAAGGGAUACCGGUCGCCAGCUGCCCAACACACGAGAACGUGUGGUACCUUCCCCGCGCGAACCAGCUCGAUUCGUGGCGUAG